AUGGGGAUGCUACGGCCAGCCACGCCCUUGUCGGUCUUGCUCUUCGCCGCCUUUGUCCUGCUUCUCCUCGCCGUCAUCUCCGUCCCGGUCACCCAGUUUGUCCCGCUGGGCAAGUUCAAAGACGUCACGUUUGGCGUUUUUGGCUACUGCAGGAGUGGCGGCAAGUGUAGUGCCAUCGGUAUAGGAUACGACACUGGGAAACUCCUUGACAAUGAGAAUCAGGCCUUCGACUUGCCGACCGGCGUCCGCGACAGCCUGUCGGCGGUCCUCAUCGUCCACCCCAUCGCCGCGGCGCUAACGCUCGCCAUGUUUGUCAUGGCCGUCGUCUCCCAUUUGCACUCGCCGUCUCAUUCCGCGAGAUAUCUCCUCGUCCUCUUCAUUCUCAUGCUCAUUACCUUCCUCGUCACCCUGCUUGCGUUCCUGAUUGACGUGCUCCUGUUCAUCCCGCACAUGGCUUGGGGCUCGUACCUGGUCUUGGCUGCUACGAUCCUGAUCGCCCUGAGCGCCGUCGUCUCUUGCGCUAUGCGCAGAACGGUCGUCGGCAGAAAGGCGCGCCAGAAGCGCAUCGCCGAGAACGCCGAAAUGAGCGGAGAGAACUAUUAUAAUAGGGAGGGACAGUCGAAGCCAUCUCUCGCAACCGCUGUCGAGCCUACCAUGCCCAUGGUGAGCGGAGGGAAUUCCGGACCCGCCGACAGCUUGCCUACGUUUGCGACUUUCGAGAGCCGGAAGGAAGACCAGACUAGCGAUGAGCGCAUUCCCCUGACCCAGCGAAGCCCUACGCAGACGUCGCCAAAUGCCUUCCACAACGACAUGGCCAACCCUGGAGAGGUGGCUGCAUAUAACGCCGCGAGACGAACCCCCUCGCGAGACCCUUACGGCAACCCCACUGGACCGCCUGACGCAUAUGGCGUGCCACGUGUGCCGUCCGCUGACCGCAUGAACCGGAGGGGUGAUAUGGGUGGCGUUGGAGGCCAGAGGGGCCGCGGCGGAGGGUAUGGCCGGGGUGGAUUUGACCCUUACGGCGCCUCUACGAGAAGUCGGGGAGGAUACGGACCUCCUCCCAGAGGAGGCUCUCGCGGUGGACGGGGAUAUGGGCCACCGCCACGAGGUGGCUACGGACCAAGAGGAGGCGGCCGCAGCCCGCCACCUAUGAAUGGACAGGGCCAGUACUAUGGGCAGCAGUCCGACGGGCUGGACAAUGGCUGGAACGCGCACAGCAAUGCCUCUGCGCCCAGUCUCAGCAGUGGCACCACUGGCUAUGCGCCAUACAACCCUAGCUCGGGUGACCUGCCCAGGGCUGAGUCGCCGCCACCUCUUCCGGGCACCGCAAAUGCGCGAGCAAUGGACCGGCCUGUGGAGAUGGAUUCUACGCCCAUAGCGGCGCCCAACGCGUACGGCCAGUACGGCGGGAGCAUUCGUGACAGCGACACAGACGUCGCUGGCAUGGUCGGACUGCAGCAAGGCCGCCCUCCGAAUCGCCAUGACACCGUCUUGAGCGAUGGGAGCAAGUACAGCACGGAUGACGCCUACGUCCCGCCACGAGCCGCGUGGGCCGCCAACAAUGGCCGCUCGUCCCCUCGGGCCGCCUCACCAGGUGGCUCACAGCUCCGGUCGCAUGCCGAGCUCCCUGGGCGAAGCACGCCGCCUGUAAAUGCGCCGCAGAAUGCCAACUACUACGAGGACGUCGACCCGCGAUUCGCUGCCCCGGCGCGCCCCAACAACAUCCCGCCGCCGCCAGCCGAGCCCGACUAUGAUGACGUUCGCGCUGCAGCUGGUGGGUCGCGAAGCCCUGCAGAGUCCGAGCGGUCCAACUUCACCUCCAUCUCGCAGCGGGGAGUUAACCCGCGCUGGAACCCGAACCACCCGCCGAUGCCGCAGCAGCGCCGCCAGGUGCAGCAACAGCAGCAGCGCCAGGACGUGCUCCUGAAUAAUCCGGACUUCCAGCUGCCAGGGAACCGCGCGAGGGCAGGCAGCAGGGGAGCCGGACCAGGCAUGAUUCCCGGCAGCGCCUACCCCACUGGUGCGAUGUGA